GUCGCCGGUGAAUUACCUGAGUACAGUGCAACCAUGAGUUUCCUAAAAGAGCGUUGUAAAGUUUUGGAGAAGAUAAACAUGAACACAAAGAAUAGUGCGGACCCUGUAAAACCACCCCGUUCAGUGGCAAAAAGCAAUACGCUCGCAGCGACAGUUGAACAAAAGUGUUCAGUGUGUAAAAAUGAUCAUGAACUGUGGAAAUGCGAAGAGUUUAAGAGGAAGAGUGUCAGUGUUAAAUAUGACAUUUUGCGAAAAAGUGGUUCGUGUUAUAAUUGCCUUCAAAGAGGCCAUCGUACAAAUGAAUGCCCUUCGACAAGUUGCUGUAAGAAAUGUGGAAAGCGUCAUCACAGUUUUUUACACCACGAAGAAAAGAAGUCAGUGGACGACAAGACGUCAGAUACUGACACGAAGAUUGGAAAGCGUAUCGAUCCGCAGUCGCAAUCUGUUCCUACCGUUGCUUAUCAAGCAGAGGCUGAGCAAAUUGAAUCAGCAUCGACGCUAUGUACUGAAACUACGAAAGGUCAGUGUUUGCUUUCAACUGCCGUUGUGACCGCUUACGGAAGUACUGGAUUACCGUUCCCGUGCAGAACACUCCUCGAUUCUGCCUCACAGACACAUUUUGUCACUGAACGGUUUGCUAACGUUUUGGAUUUGCAAAAGGAACCUGCUGACUACCUAGUCAGUGGUCUGGAUGGGAAAAACACACGUAUAAAGUUCAAAGUACAAAUUAGAAUUACGUCUCGAAUCACCAACUACAGCAUUCUACUCAACUGCCUCGUUACGCCCAAAAUUAUUGGUGACCUGCCGAUGCAGUGCCCGGAUAUUCGUGAAUGGCCACUCCCAAGCGGAGUUCAACUAGCAGACCCAUCGUUUUUCAAGAAGCAACGGAUCGACAUUUUGAUUGGCGCUGACGUCUUCUGGGACCUGAUGAAACCAAACCGAUUUAAAUUGGCUCCAGAUCUUCCAACUAUAACAGAAACUGAACUUGGUUGGAUUGUUGGCGGAUCUUUUCCGACAUCCAAGAAACAGCAUCAUCGAACUUUCUGCACAGUAAUCGAAAAUGAUAAUCUCGACUACUUGCUCAACAAGUUUUGGGAAGUCGAAGGACUUGAAGAUCAACGGAGCAUCACGAUGACAGAUGAAGAAUGUCUGGAGCAUUUUCGGAGCACCUAUCAACGUGACGAUGAGGGCCGAUUCCACGUUCGGCUCCCUUUCAACGAACGCAAGGGUGAGAUCGGAGAAUCUAAGGGGACUGCAAUCAGACGGUUCUUGAACUUGGAGCGAAAGUUGGAUAGAGAUCCAUCAUUGAAACAUCAGUAUGUGAAUUUCAUUAAUGAAUAUCAGCGAUUGGGUCAUAUGCUGGAAGUCGAUUCAUCGGAUGAUGUGGACGGGGUGUUCUACCUUCCACACCACUGCGUCAUCAAGCCGUCGAGUACAACCACAAAACUAAGAGUUGUGUUUGACGGAUCAGCUAAAUCUUCUAGUGGAAUCUCCAUUAACGACGCACUAAUUCCGGGACCAGUCGUUCAAAAUGAUCUCGUGGCGAUUCUGUUAAAUUUUCGCUGCUUCCAAUACGUCGUCACGGCAGACGUGCCGAAAAUGUUUCGGCAAAUUGGUGUACAAGAAGCGGAUAGAAAGUAUCAGCGAAUUGUUUGGAGGGAUAAUUCUUCUCAGCCAAUGAAGAUAUUCGAAUUGCAAACUGUGACUUAUGGGCUUGCGUCGUCUCCUUUUCUGGCCACAAUGGCACUCAAACAAUUGGCCAUCGAACAUGCUGAAGAGUAUCCUUUGGCAGCGGCGGCAAUCGAAAAAUGUUUCUAUAUUGACGACGCUCUUACAGGAGCACAGACAUUAGUAGAAGCUUGUCUGCUACAACGUGAAUUGUCAGAACUCUUACGGCGUGGGUGUUUCGAUGCCCACAAGUGGUGCUCGAAUUCGGAUAUCAUUCUCAAGAACGUUGCAGAUGAAUUGAAGGGAGACAGCGUGAAUGUUUCCAAUAUUGAUUCGGAGUCGAUAGUAAAAACGCUGGGAGUUGCAUGGAGUCCACGAGAGGAUUGGUUUUCAUUUUGCGUGCCAUUGAGUGAAAUUAAUCCUGAGCAGCCGCUUACUCGUAGGAAGAUUUUGAGUGAAGUGGCACGAAUUUACGACCCGUUGGGGUUAAUCGGUCCAGUGUUGACAAUUGCUAAGCUGUUUCUCCGAGAAGUUGCAACAAUCACUCAAGAUUGGGAUGCCCGUCUACCUGAAUGUAUUGUGAAACGUUGGAGUAAAUUCCGUGAAGAAUUGCAGAAGUUGAACGAAUUGAAGAUACCACGAUGGAUCCUAUCGACAUCAGCUAUGCAGUUUGAACUUCAUGGUUUCGCCGAUUCUUCGAAGCAGGCAUACGGAGCCUGUUUGUAUUCACGAAUGCUGGAAGCAGAUGGUACAUUCAUCAUGAAGCUCGUCUGUAGCAAGUCACGAAUUCUGCCGAAAUCUUCUGAUCGUUCGAAACCUGUUACUACACCACGUUCGGAAUUACUUGCUACGGUUCUUCUCGCUCGUUUGACAGAUAAGUUUUUGUCUUCUACAGAAACGAAAUUUGCUACUAUAACGUUAUGGAGCGACUCGCAGGUAGUAUUGAGCUGGUUAAACAAAUCACCAGGUGAAUUGCAGCCUUUCGUAUCCAACCGUGUCAAGGAGGUACAGAAAUUAACGAACAAUUAUGUAUGGCGCUACAUCGAUACACAUUCGAAUCCAGCGGACAUAAUCUCCAGAGGUGAGCAGCCCGGAAAAUUGAUUCACAAACAGCUCUGGUGGAAUGGGCCCAACACGAUUCCCGUUGCAACAAAUCCUGAAAUUCUUUCCGACGAAGUUUUGCCAGAACUGAAGAAAACAGCUACGCUCACCGUUAUUUCCAACCUGCGAAUGAAAAUGUUUAAUGACGUUAGUGAUUUCGGCAGACUGCAACGGUACAUGGCCUACUUGAUACGCUUUGCACUUUUCGUCAUAUCGAAGCAACAAACGAUGAUUAAGGGACCUCUGCUAGCGGAGGAGUUAUCGCGUGCGCAGAAAGUGAUUAUACGAAUGGUGCAAACUGAGACUUUUUCGAACGAGAUUGCGGCUUUGAAACGAGGUGAGAAUGAAAAACAUCGGUUGAGAAAUCUGUAUCCAUUCAUUGACGUAGAGGACAAUAUUCUGAGGGUUGGAGGCCGCAUCAAACAUGCACUUAUUCCUUUCGAUAGUCGACAGACUUGAGACGACUUUUCGAAAACGAGCAACAUCAGAGGAAGUUGCAACAGUUUUGCAGCAGCAAAGGCAUUGAUUGGCGAUUCAUACCACCUCGUAGUCCACAUUUCGGUGGAAUAUGGCAGGCGGGGGUAAAAUCGAUAAAACACCACCUGAAACGCAUCGUUGGAACUCGCCGCCUAACUUACGAAGAGCUAUACACAACAUUAGCUCAAAUUGAAGCGGUAUUAAAUUCGAGGCCGUUGACGCAAGCAUCGGAUGACCCAAGCGAUCUAACUGCAAUUACACCAGCACACUUUUUAAUCGGAAGAGCUAUGCAGACGAUUCCAGAGCCAUCAUAUCUCGCCCUCAAGGAGUCAACGUUGUCAAGAUGGCAGUUGGUCCAGUGUAUGCAACAACAGUUCUGGAAAAGAUGGUCUGUCGAAUAUCUUCCUGAACUGCAAGGCCGUCAGAAGUGGUAUCGUCUAACGAAGAUUAAGGUUGGUGCCUUAGUACUAUUGAUCGACAAAAAUGCUCCUCCAGCGCAGUGGCUCCUAGGAAGAAUAACAACACUACACGGCGGACAGGACGAUGUUAUAAGGGUCGUUACCAAGGGUACAAUGUCGCUGUCAACCACAUAUAGAUACACCAUAGCCCACAUGAUUUGACAUUUAUGGGAAAUUUGACACUUUUGGGCAAUCUGACAGCCUUGGAUUUUUGUGUUUUUUUGUUUUUGUUGAUAUUUGCUUCCCGGAUUUGGAAAACGCAAGAACGGGAAUAUCAAAAGCAUCUUGAACUGAACGAUUAGUAGAACCAAAUAUAGUUUUGCUUGUGAAUAAUUGUCGCUGCAUUGUAAAUAGUUGGAUUUUCCGGUUUAUUGAAAUAUCUUCGAAAUUUAUACAUUUCCGAACACACUCAUCUACAUGGAUCGCUUGGAUUGUAAAAGGAUGAUGAAUCAAGAGAUGAGAUGCCCGCGCAUGUUACCUAGCACCUUCGCAACAACCAAACCCGUGAAAAACUGGCGUUAUUCAUGCUUGAGCAUUUUCGUUGAGGAUCCUGGGAAUCGAUAUGUUCGAGAUGGGUUAAACAAAUGGCCCUACAAAAGCGAGGUGCCGGUAGAUUCCAGAGCAGAUUCCGCAAUAUUGUUUUGGGAGUUGCUGACAGCGCUAUAGUGAACUGUGAUAUAUGAAGCUAUUUUGUGAAUGAAAACAUCUAUGAGUGAAUGAAAUACAUAUGAUGGUUUGAAUAUGACCAUAUCCUAUGACAAAUUUCGAUGUAUAGUAAUAGGAAAGAAACGGGAAAACUAGUGACGCAUGUGGCUCAAUAGAAGAAAUGUGUUCAAUUUACGGUGGCCAUGCAUUCAUUUAGGGAUCCCUAAUAAUUUUACUUACUGAAGUACCCAU